AAGGCAGUAUGCAGAAAAAUUCAAAUCAAAAAUUAAUGCUCGAUAUACCGUGGGAUCAAAAGUCACGCACUCAUAUGCAAACAACGAUACUCCAAUACCUAGAUUAUAUAAAGGGUUUUUGUGCCGCACGAUUUUGAUUAAGAUAAAUUUCAGUCAAAAUAUGAGUGGAAUUAUUGAAAAUGAAAGCGAAUCAGAGUAUUAUACUACUGAUGAAAGAGAUACAUUAAGUAUAUGUAGUAACAAUUCUGCUGACUUAUACCAUUUACAUCUAAUAAAACAACAAGAAGCUAUACAAGAGCUUUUUCGAUCAUUGGGUUUCAUUGAUAUAAAUAAUACUUUCAUUCUUUCUGGUAAUACUGUAACAAAAGCAUUCGAACAAUCUCGUGAAAAAAUUAUUAAAAUUCAGCAAGAAACAUAUUCACUUUUUGAUUUCAAGUCUCGAGCUAAAGGUAUUUCCAAUCUUAAUAUUACAGUAAAAUUGAUUAAUGCGAUAUCUGGUAAUUGA